AUGAAGGCGCUGCUCCUGCUCGGCUGCUUCUUGGCCUCGCUGCUGCUUUCAGGACAAGCAGAAGAGCCAGAGGAUGUGAGUGAAGAGGCUCCCAUGAGGGACCGCUCCCACAUUGAGAAAACCCUGAUGCUCAAUGAGGACAAGCCCGCCGAUGAUUACUCAGCGGUGCUGCAGCGGCUUCGGAAGAUCUAUCAUACAUCCAUCAAGCCCCUGGAACAGUCUUACAAGUACAAUGAGCUUCGACAGCAUGAGAUCACAGAUGGGGAGAUCACCUCCAAGCCAAUGGUGCUGUUCCUGGGGCCGUGGAGUGUUGGAAAAUCCACCAUGAUAAACUACCUCCUGGGGUUAGAGGAUACUCGCUACCAGCUUUAUACAGGUGCGGAACCUACCACCUCCGAGUUCACGGUCCUUAUGCAUGGGCCCAAACUGAAAACCAUUGAGGGAAUUGUCAUGGCUGCGGACAGUGCCCGAUCCUUCUCGCCCCUGGAAAAGUUUGGUCAGAACUUCCUGGAGAAGCUGAUUGGCAUCGAGGUUCCCCACAAACUUCUAGAAAGAGUCACUUUUGUGGAUACACCAGGCAUCAUUGAGAACCGCAAGCAACAGGAAAGAGGCUACCCCUUCAACGACGUGUGUCAGUGGUUUAUCGACAGAGCUGACCUCAUCUUUGUUGUCUUUGAUCCCACCAAGCUGGAUGUGGGUCUGGAGCUGGAGAUGCUCUUCCGCCAACUAAAGGGCCGUGAAUCCCAGAUCAGGAUCAUUCUGAACAAGGCUGACAACCUGGCCACGCAAAUGCUCAUGCGGGUGUAUGGUGCUCUCUUCUGGAGCCUGGCCCCUCUCAUCAAUGUCACAGAGCCUCCACGGGUUUACGUCAGCUCCUUCUGGCCACAGGACUAUAAGCCUGACACCCACCGGGAGCUGUUCCUCAAAGAAGAGAUCUCUCUCCUAGAAGACCUGAACCAGGUGAUUGAGAACAGGCUAGAGAACAAGAUUGCCUUUAUUCGCCAGCAUGCCAUCCGAGUCCGCAUUCACGCCCUUUUAGUUGACCGCUACCUGCAGACUUACAAGGACAAAAUGACCUUCUUCAGUGAUGGGGAGCUAGUCUUUAAGGACAUUGUGGAAGAUCCUGAUAAAUUCUACAUUUUCAAGACCAUCCUGGCAAAGACCAACGUCAGCAAGUUUGACCUUCCCAACCGUGAGGCCUAUAAGGACUUCUUUGGCAUCAACCCCAUUUCCAAUUUCAAGCUCCUUUCUCAGCAGUGCUCUUACAUGGGGGGGUGCUUCCUGGAGAAGAUUGAACGGGCCAUCACCCAGGAGCUCCCCAGCCUUCUGGGGAGCCUUGGGCUUGGGAAGAACCCUGGUGCUCCUGACUGUGACAAAACAGGCUGUGGCGAGGCCCCAAAGAAUCGCUACAAGAAGCACUAGUUUGUGCGUAGCCACCCUUGGGUCCCCAUUGGUGAAUAAGCUUGUGUCCUAACUGUCUGAGAAGUCCUGGUUUGUUAAUCUUUGAGCCAUACUGGCAACAAUCAGUCUGCAUUGGAGAUUUGGGAGUUCAUUGAGGCCGGUGAAUCAGGGAAGGCACCGGGUCUAGGGAGGAGAGUGGAAACUGUGAAUUAUAGUGUGCUUGUCUUAUUGCUUCAGUUAGAGGGCCUGACACAGGCGAGUCAGGCUUCCCUUGCUUUUCCUGGGUCCUGUCUUGGAGGGACAGAGAGCAGCUAAAUUCUAAUGAACAUUAAGAUAAUGAGGGUCAAAUCCUGAGUAACAGAGGAUUCUCAGGUUUGUGUCCACUCCUUUUACACACAUCUUCUGUUCGAUCCCCAUUCCUCCUUGGCUCCUUCCUAAGCUUAGGUUGAUUUUCAGAAGUGGACAGUCUCUUGAGUCUGAUCUGCAUGAAUUUUGAGCCCAACCUUGGAAUCUUGUCCUGUCUUCCCGAGGGAUGGGGCAUCCAGAACACUAAAACAAGAGUUUUCAGAAUAGGGUGUUGAUCUGCCAUCCAAGUAUCAUUUCAAGAUGUCCCUGUAGGAGAGCUCAGAUACUUAGUCCCUAAAAGAAGAGUGAGUGGGUGAUGUUCUCAAGUACUUUUCCUUCUCAUGAUUUAUGUGAAGGUACUGGAAGGGCCCAGGAGGCUAACUGGUUUGCAGUGUGUCUUUGUCUGUUGCAUGUCUUGGAAAACUCAGACCACAAAGAUGUUGGCUUCCAGAGAGGACAAUGGAGAUCUUGUUCCUUGUCCUUGGAGGCUUCUCUGGACAGGCACUUCUACCAAGUUUCGGAGGGAAGCUGUUCUACAACUUCUUUGUGGAAGCACUUGACAGAGGACAUGUUUCUUCUGGUUCUCAGAGCCAUAGCUUCUCCUUUCCCUUCUUCUCCAUUCCCUGAUGCAUCAAUUCUUCCAACUGAGAGAAAUUCCCUAGAAUCAGAACCAGCUCCAGCCCCUUGGCACUGGUGCUAGACAAGGCCUGAGGUUCAGGUUCAACCUGAACUUCCGCACAUGUCCACUGAAUGCAGUCAGGACAAUCAGGACCUUUAGACACCAGUGAGUGUGCAUGUGUGUGUCCAUUGUACAAGAAAUGCUAGGAGAUGAUGGACCGGGGGGCACAGAGAGAGGACUCCCGAGAGUCUUGCACGGCAAACAUACACUGCCACCUUGGAGUGCAUGGGAGCAAGAAGCCCUGGGAGGAAGAAGAGCUUUUGAUGGAGCAGGCAAGGUGAAGUGCAGACAGCAUUGGAGGCUUCCUCUGAGCACAGCCUGCUGCUUUUUGGGGUGCAAGCUGUCCUGGGGGCCUUGAUUGUGAGGCAUGGGUUGGGAUCCUCCAGCACCAGGGAGUCAUCUGGAAUGGAAGGAAAGUGGGAAGGAAGGCUGAGCUGAAGUUAUUUCUUCUGAGGAUCAGGUAGGUAGAAUAAGCAGGCUGGUAAUCGUGGGGCUACAUGGAGUUCAUUUUCCCUGAAUACUUAGCAGUCUGGCACCCACUGUAAGGGAGGCUGCUGCUUUGGCUCUACGCAGGGCCCAGGACCUCCCAUAAGUAAAAAACUGCAGAUCUGCCAGAAGAGUUUCCAAGGAGUGAGUUCUUCCCAGAAGGUUUAUCCAUGGAGGCUAAGGUAGAUGAGCUGCAAUCUGCCUUGGGUUUUUUCUUCCCAUUAAAAUAUGCAUCCAAACCCCAAACUCCUCUCAUCUCUCCAUCACUUGUCCUCUGGAGACUGUCCCUUCCACCUUUCUCUUUCAUGCUCCUCAUGCCUGUGGGCCUUGUGUGGCAAAUCCGUUUUUCCUCAGUGCAGGGGAGAGGGUUGGGGAAAGCUGAACUGUAUGGUCACUGUCCUAGCUGUCAGUGCCUGCAUGCUUGGAGGGAAGCUGGGAAACAGGGCCAAUACGUUCUUAUGGUAUCUGUUUGGAGGGAAGGCCACCCUGUCCAUGCUACCUUCCUUCUGGAAUUUUCUCCAUCUCUUUUUUCUUUGUCUCCAUUCAGUUCCUCUUCUCACCCUCCGAUUCACUUUCCUUUCCUGCCCACAGGCUGCUGAUGGCUCAGUACAGGCUUUGGCACCCAUUCUUAGCCCUGUUCUGCAGAGAUGGAGUUUGAGCAGGAUUCUGACUCUAGGAGGAGGGAGUUUCAUCCCAGGAGAAACAUGGGAUACAGAGAUCUCCUGAGUGGAAUAUCUGUGUCUGUGCUUGAACAGUGGCUGACCUUUCCAGUGUUCUUUCCAUUCUGGUUUCAUCAGGGAGAAUGUCUCAAUAAAGUUCCAAUCUCUCUCAA